AUGACUGAACAAGGCAAACAAUUUAAAAAAUUAUUAAAUGAAUUUGCAGAUUUAUUUGUCAAGGAUAUCAAUGAACUAGAAAGAACUGAUGUUGUAAAGCAUCGAAUUUAUACUGAAGAUGUGCUUCCAAUAAAAUCUAGGCCUUACUCUGCUUCUCCAGAUGAACAAGCAUUUAUCGAAAAAGAAAUCAAAAGGAU